AUGAAUCCCAACUGCGCCCGGUGCGGCAAGAUCGUGUACCCCACGGAGAAGGUGAACUGUCUGGAUAAGUUCUGGCACAAAGCAUGCUUCCACUGCGAGACCUGCAAGAUGACACUCAACAUGAAGAACUACAAGGGCUACGAGAAGACCCCCUACUGCAACGCACACUACCCCAAGCAGUCCUUCACCAUGGUGGCUGACACCCCGGAAAACCUCCGUCUCAAGCAACAGAGUGAGCUCCAGAGUCAGGUGCGCUACAAGGAGGAGUUCGAGAAGAACAAGGGCAAAGGGUUCAGCGUGGUGGCGGACACGCCCGAACUCCAGAGAAUCAAGAAGACCCAGGACCAGAUCAGUAACAUAAAAUACCAUGAGGAGUUUGAGAAGAGCCGCAUGGCCCCCAGCGGGGGCGAGGGCAUGGAGUCUGAGCGCCGAGACACCCAGGAGCAGCAGCAGCCGCCCCACCACAUCCCAGCUAGCGCCCCAGUUUACCAGCAGCCCCAGCAGCAGCCGGUGGCACAAUCCUAUGGUGGCUACAAGGAGCCUGCUGCCCCAGUCUCCAUACCAUGCAGGGCCCCAGGCGGGGGCGGGAAGCGGUACCGCGCUGUGUAUGACUACAGUGCCGCGGACGAGGACGAGGUCUCCUUCCAGGAUGGGGACACCAUCGUCAACGUGCAGCAGAUCGACGAUGGCUGGAUGUACGGGACCGUGGAGCGCACUGGCGACACGGGGAUGCUGCCAGCCAACUACGUGGAGGCCAUCUGAGCCCCGGCCCCGCCCCCCCGC